AGGAGGAGAAAAAGCUCUGGGUUUUUUUAAGAACAACACUUCGUCAUAAAAUAAUGCUUCUCGAAUGAAUUUGAAAUAACGUAUUUGGAAUAACGUGCAAUUGAUUAUAUACAGUGGAUUUUUUGGUAUAAGUGUGAUGACAGCCCUCGGUAAACCAGCAUCAAGUCUGUUUUCUGUUCCGACCCACCGAGAACUACAGACCCAUGGCUCCAGUGUCACGUCCUACGCCUGGGAGCCACAUGAAGAGAGCCAGAGAAAAGCUAAGAAGGUCUACUAUGAGAACACAUACAAGAUGGAGCCACCAGAGAAGUUUCGUUCAGACAAGGUCAAGCCCAUCAUUGAAAAGGUCCUGGCAACAAAUCUAGAAGGAAGAAAAUAUGACCCGAUUGAGUGUUCUAUUUUGUCAAAGGCCUUGUCUGACGAUAUCAAGCAACAAGUUAGAGGUCUCAACUUCCAAAGAUACAAGAUAAUCUGUUUGGUGACUUUGGGCCAGAAGAACGACCAGGGGGUCAGUGUGGGCAGUCGAUUCUUGUGGGACGCAGACAGGGACAGUUUUGCAACCGCCUCCUGGCAUAAUCGGCAUCUGUAUGCUGUUGGAACAGUGUAUGCUUUGUAUUAUGAGUGAGCUUACAAGGUUGAUUGAUUGAUGUACUACAGUGAAUUGACUUUUAUCGGUAAGAAAAAGGUGAAACAAUUUUUCAUUUAAUUAUCUUUUAAAUUUGUGUCUACAGUAAAUGUGCCUACAUAGUUUAUAUGCUGUGUUCAUUGUUAUUUGCUUGAUUUUUAUAGCUCUAUAAAUUUAUACACAUGUUAAUAGAAUGGGACAUAUUAAAGUUUCAUCUGCGUCGGGCGGCAUCAAGUAUGUUGUUAAAUCAACAACUUUGGAAGCAUACUUGUCCAAUCACCACCAAAUUUGGUAAUUUGGCAUAAUAUCUUUGACAUUCAAUAACCAGCCUUGUCACUUGAGUCACUCAAGAGUAAUCGCCCUUUAAUUAUAGAAUUUUACCUUAAAUGAAGGUUCAAUCAGGUUCAAUAACCAGUCAUGUCGUCUUAGUCACUCCAGAGUUAUGACCUAGGCAAAAUCUGUAUUUACAGUGUCCACUCUCUCAAUUUGGCUAACAGACCGCCAAUUAUCAUCAAACAUAGUGUCCUAAAAAGAAGAAGUGUAUUUUGCGUCAGUUGGCGCUCUUGUGUUGAAAUAUAUUCUAAUCAUAUACUAUUCAUACACAUUUUGUGUGUUUAUUGAGUUUUGUCUUGCCAAUCUAGUUUUAAAACAAGAUUUUAUUUGCUUAAAUUGGUGUGUUUGUGCAUAAAGGAAAUGAAGUUCAAUAUAAA